CCCAGUGUGAGAGCAAGCGAGCGAGCCAGUGAGUGAGAGAGAGAGAGAGAGAGGGAGAGAGAGAGAGAAAAUCAGUACACUCACAUCUCCCUCCCUCAACCAGACCCCUACCUUUAUUCCACUCGCUGUUGAUCACACGCUACAGAGUUGAGUUUCAUUCCUGACUGGAAUAAUACGUUACUCAGACCAGGAGGAUCUUCUUUCCUUACGAUGGAAACUGAUGUGUGUGACUGAUUGAGGAUAAUAAUGAAGGCAGAGUGAUCCAUUUCCUCCAGCAACCUGAGCUCCUGGUUUUCUCCAUUUUCACUCCUCAAAGGAUAUAGUGACCUUCACAUAUGCUGCCAGCCUGACAAGUUUUCAGCAGGUAAACUGAAAGGUUGUUCCUCGUUUCCAAGGACGACACAAAGAAACCGGGGAAAGACUUGGUGUCAGCAGAAAAACAGCCUGUUGUUGUGGCAACAAAUGACCGCGUAUUUGUGAAGUUAACAACAUUAACCCUACACCCUUACGGACUAAUUUGCUGAGAAGAAAAGAGCCAGGAUGAAAGAACUGCAUUUUGUAGUUUGCCUCUUAACGGGACUUGCAUUUACCGGCUCUGUUCAUGUGUCUGAGUGGACCGGGGCAUGUCAGAAUCUGUGCAGGUGUGAAAUCCGACCCUGGUUUUCUCCUUUGUCCCUUUAUAUGGAGACUUUAACUGUGGACUGUGAUGAUCUGGGAAUUGUGUCUCUUCCAGAAAAACUUCCAUCAGAUACACAGGUGCUACUGGCACAGAGCAACAACAUUGUCAACAUUAAAAACCCUUUGAAUUAUAUGGUUAACUUAACAGAAGUGAAUUUAUCUCAGAACAAUAUAUCUUCUCUUAGUGACAUCUACCUAGGUAACCUUUCCCAGCUUUCGUCCUUGCACUUGGAAGAGAACCGAAUAACCAGCCUUCCCGACAAUUGCUUUGCGCAUCUACCGAACCUUCAAGAGCUUUACAUAAACCACAACCUUCUCUCACUGAUCAGUCCUGGAGCUUUUCAAGGUCUAAACAAUCUUUUGCGUCUCCAUCUCAACUCAAACAGAUUGAAGGUGAUCAGGCCAGAGUGGUUUCAUGCACUCAACCAGCUGGAGAUAUUGAUGAUAGGAGAAAAUCCCAUUUCCCAAUUACAAGAAAUGAACUUCCAGCCUCUGAGUAAUCUCCACAGUCUUGUACUGGCAAGGAUGAACCUCUCUGUCAUACCUGAUAAUGCUCUGGUUGGUCUCCAUAAAUUGGAGAGCAUCUCAUUCUAUGAAAAUAAGUUUGCAAAGGUGCCCCAGGCUGCACUUAGAAAAGUCCAAAGUCUCAAGUUUCUGGAUCUUAAUAAGAAUCCUAUUGAGAGAAUUAAUCGAGGGGAUUUUGUGGAUAUGAUUCAUAUGAAAGAACUGGGUAUCAACAGCAUGCCAGAUUUGGUUUCGAUUGACAGCUUUGCUGUUUCCAACUUGCCCGAGCUUACAAAGAUAGAGGCCACCAACAACCCCAGACUGUCCUAUAUCCAUCCCAAUGCGUUUUAUAACCUACCCAGGCUUGAGACGCUGAUGCUAAAUGAUAAUGCCCUCACUGCACUUCAUCGUGUUACAGUAGAGUCCUUGCCCAGCCUACAGGAAGUAAGCUUGCACUCCAAUCCGAUUUACUGUGACUGUGUUGUCCGCUGGAUCAAUAUGAACAAGACUAAGAUACGCUUCAUGGAGGCUGACGCUCUCUUGUGUACGGGACCUCCCGAGUUCGAAGGCCGCCAUGUCCGACACGUACACUUUCGUGAAAUGAUGGACACCUGCCUCCCAGUUAUCUCUCCGGAAAGCCUUCCAGAGCAUGUCAGUGUGGAUGUCGGUCAGUCAGCAUCAUUCCACUGUAGGUCAUUCGCAGAACCAAAUCCGGAGAUCUACUGGAUCACCCCUUCGGGAGAAAAGAUCCUACCAAGAAUGGCUUCAAGCAAGUAUUUGGUGCAUCCUGAGGGAACAUUGGACAUAUUUAACAUUUCUGAGAGUGAGGCAGGUCAGUACACCUGCGUAGCCCACAAUCUCAUUGGGGCAAAUAUGAAGUCUGUUGUAAUGGUAGUGAAUGGAUACUAUCCAGAACAUUUAAAUGGAUCUUUGCAUGUGCAAAUCGAUAUGAUACAACCACAUUUUGUAAAAAUCUCUUGGGUACCACCUAAAAGCAGCUUUGUGUCAAAUAUCGAAUGGUCCACCACGUCUUUACGCUUUACAGCUCGUGUACCAUCUAACGUAAAAAUGUUCAACCUGACACAUUUGCAGCCACUGACGCAGUAUGAAGUAUGUGUAGAAAUUACAGACCUGCAAAGGGGCCAUUUAAGAAAUUGUAUUAAUGUCAGUACACCCGAGCAAGCUGCGCCGGUGUGCAAAUCUAACAAGAACAAAAUGAUGAUGAUUAAUGCCAUUGGUAUGCUUUUGAUAGCAUCUGCUGUCACAUGUUCACUGAUCUACAAGUCUUUGAAGAGUGAUCAUCUUUACAGAAGGCUAAUUAAUCGACAAACAGGUACACUGCAGGGUCCCAGUCCCUGCCCCUCUCCCAUCCUCAUGCACCCUGCAAGGUCUGAAGCGGAUGUCAAUAUUUUGGACUUGAACAACACCAUUUAAGAAACUCUUUUAAAAAAGAAUCAAGGUGGGAUAUAAUGGACACAAGACUGUGUAACUCAAUAUCCCACAUUCUGAGUUUCUGCUGGACCUCUACAGAAGGAAUGCAGAGAACUCAGAUCAGGAGUCAUCGUCCCUCCCAGAGCGUUUGGUGACAUUGUCUCAACUCAACACCUCCUUUAGUGUAAAUGUCACAUGUGGGAAUCAAUGUCCUCCAGAUUAGGCAGCCUGGAGAGCACUGUUCCUUCAGGCAGGAUCAAGGCACAGAACAUGAAAGGUUGUGUCCAGAUACCUGACUGUUCAUGUAUAAUGCAACUCCACAGUGGCUUUUGUUUCUAUUGUGGGCUUGUAGCAAUACUCUUUGCUCUGUCUCAGUGGGAAAGUAAACAAAGUAAACUUUACGAUCCACUAUGUUCAUAGAGUAGAUCACAACACUAUGUACAACACUUUGUGAAAAAAAAUACAUUUAUACAAAAACUUUUUGUGACAGACUUUUUUCCCCGUUUUUUUAACCAAGACUUAUUUAACGAUCUAACCAGUUAAAAACACAAUAUCAGCCAAUAUUCUUUGUCAAUAGAUGCUAAUUUUGUUGCAUUUUUAAACAAAUUUGCUAAAAACUCAGUAUACAUGGUAUCGAUACUUAGCAUCACCCAGCACAAACACACAUCAAAUGUCUUUCAAGGAAAUGGCUUUAGUUCCUAUCUUGUGGUUGUGAGGUUAUUGAUGGCUUCACGUGCAUGGCUGACGACUGGAGAUGUAUAAAAUUGGAGGAGGUAGAAAGGAAAUAGAGGCUAUCACAAAACUUAUUGACGUCAAAUUGCAUUAUAUUCUUUUUCAUUAAAAAUCCAAUAUGAAUUCCCAAUCGCCAAACACCCACAGGUGAUGAAUCACCGUCACAAUGCGAAUGAUGUGGGGGAUUUAUCAGGCAGGCAUGGCUAUAUAUCACUGGAGGGGUUUCGGCACCACAGACAGGGCUUUUAGAGCUCGGCUAUUUGUCAUAGACGCCGAAGCUAAAGCAUGAAUCAUCAGAGCGAGAGGUAGUGGAUAGGUCAGCAG